CAGAGACAUUCGCUUGUGACUCUUGAUCGAUCUCCAUACUCCGCCUCCACAAUCGCUCCACCCAAUCCAACACACCUUCCAAUUUCACAAUGCGUUACUCUAUCUUCCUGGUUGCUUUCGGCGCUCUCGCCGCUGCUCAGUCCUCUGCUGUCGUGGCGCCCUCUCAGCCCGCUGCUGUGACCUCCCAGCCUGUCAUCCCCACCCAAGGCUCCCUCCCCGCGGGUGCUUCUAGCGCUGUCAUCGGCUCUAGCGCUCCUGCUUCGUCUUUCUCGACUGUGAAGACCAAGACUACCACCGCUAAGACCGAGUCUUCCACCUCAACCAAGACCUCUUCCUCAUCCUCCGAGACCAGCGGCUCCAGCAGCACUAGCACUUCCGAGGGUGCCGGUGUACCUCUCGCAACCAUGGCUCCUAUGGGCCUGUCCAUGGUGGCUGGUGCUGCCAUUGCUGCCCUCUUGUAAAAGGGGCCGGCAAUACCAUCCCCCCCUCGUCGAUGGUCAAAGACCUCAUCCGCUUCGAUGAUUCGCACUGGACAUCGAGUUGUACAUCGUGUUUACGGCCGUUUAGCCAGGCGAACCGAGCUCAAAAAACAACCUGAAUAUAUCAACGGUUCUCGGUCGGAGGGACUUGCACCACUGAUGGGAAGGCUGUCUUUUGUCUGUGUUUGAUUCUGUCUCAUUCCCCCUCCUGUUUGAUGUCAAGGCCGAUCCAUGUUGCACACCAAAGUUGCAUGACUGCGGCGUACAUAAGAGCUUUCGAUUGUUUUUUUUUCUAGUAAUUUUUAAUUGCCUAAUGAGUACAUGGUAAAUAAACAAGACGAUUCUCUCUCAGCAGGUUUUGGUCAAUCGUACGGUAGACUCUUGCAGUCGAAUCCACCUCGUGUCUUCACAGCAGCCAGACCAAAGAACGCAAAGAUUAGACCUAUCUUCU